AUGGCCCACUGGGUGUACUGGUGGUACGUGGUCAUUGUGCUGGCCUUUCUGGGACCAGCAUGCCUCACCGACAAAGACAAUGCAGACUUCAAGGCCCUUCUCAAUCCUGAUAUCUUCUGCUUGAUCAAGAUCAGCGCCAUUGGAAUGGAGAGAAUCCUUGGGCCAUUCAUGAGUGUGCUGCUGGCAGCUGAGAAGGUGAUGGGCUACGUUGGGCGCCUGGAGAAGCUGGUAGAGCUGACCCUUGCACUCUACACAAGCCUGGCCACAAUGAUCAGCUUCUUCUUGAAUGAUGCCGCACUCCAACCACAUCGGCUCACCACCAGCGACCUGACUGAGAAGAUCAAGCAGUUAGCUCCUAAAUGGGGCACACAUGUCGCCUCCAUCUUGUUGUCAGACCUGCGGUUUACUCCAUUCCUUGCUGACUUGUCUCCCUUGUCAGCACUAGUCCCACUGGAUUGUGCCUCACCACCAUCAUCAGCACGACCCACAUCCAUCUCCUCCUCGUCCUUCAGCCUCUGCCUCUCGCCCAAUGCAUUGUACCCUACGCCUGCCCUUCUCAAGGAUCUGAAAUCACCAACACCAUUCACCAUCAUGAAGAGCACAGGUCCAUGCACCUUGCAGAUCAUCAUCCCCAAGAACCCUCCCCACAAGACUGCCCAUCAAUUCCUCCUGUGGAUGCAGCUGUACACAGCAGUGAUGCUUGUCACAUUCAAGAAGCUAGACAGCAAGUAUCUCAUGGCCAGGGAGUAUGCACAAGAUCCCUUCAUGUGUGAUCUUGUUCUGCUGGUGAUGAUGUGGCCAAUUGAGUGUGUCUUUGGCGAGACUGGAGAGCACCUGAAGGAGAGCAACAACAACAUCCGUGCUGCCAUCCUCUCCACGUGUGUGGCCUGCAAUGAGUACCCCAACAAUAGCACCAUGAUGGAGGGCUACAUGAAUGCCUUCCCAAAUAUCAUGCAGGAGGCAUGUACAGAGCUGCAGAGGGCCAUGAAGAGAAAGGAGAUGGACGCCAUCGCUGAGAGCAGGUUCACUGAAGAGGCCCAGCAGGAGCAUGAGAAGGCAGCCAGACGAAGUGCGCUCGAGGCAGAGAACGCGGCGGUGACGGCUGUCAUGGCGCAGCACAGCUCUGCACUGGCCCAGCAGUCUGUCACAUGUGGCACCAUGAAGGCGUUCCUGCAAGAGAGGAGGAAGAGUGGGUGGGUCAUGCCACAGCCUCCAACGUUGCCUGUGCUCUCCAAGAUGAAGUGCACGGACCUCAUCAACGCCAUUCGCAUGCUUGCUGCUGCACCGUGCGACACGAUCACGCUGCCCACGAGUGUCAGCGAGCCCGAUGACGGCGAUGACACCCCUCUGUCGACUGCAACAUUGUGUGGCGGUGGCGAUGACAGGGAGGAGGUGGAUGAGGAUGGGGCAGAUGAAGUGGGUGAGGGGGAGCUGUACCAGGAUGAUGACGACUCAGACAUUGACGUGGCCACAUAUGAUGUGUUCAUGGAUGCUGCCCUUCUUGAGGUGGCUGUGGAGGAGACAGCAAAGGCUGCUGUGGAUGCUGAGAAAGCCACGCUCGCCACCAAUGCUGAGCAUGGCGCCCUCAGUGCUCCCCUCCUGUUGCCUGCCCCCACAUGGACCUCUGUCUUGGUUGCAAGCUUCCUUGCCCAGCACAAUGUUGGUGUUGGCCUUGCUUGGGUCCAUCGUCCUCCUCCUUGUUGA